GCAAGACAUCACGCAGUAUAAAACCUGCAUUGACCGCAACUUCAGUCUCGGCACAACUCAGGCUUGAGCAGAAGAACAAGUCAUUACAAUCCCCUAAUACCUUCAUAUCCCAAAUACCUCAAUCGUCAAUUGCAACCAUGGGCGCCGAACCUGACACUGCGAAGCCACACUCGCAUCACGCGGUUGCCAAAGACAUGCCAGAGGAUAAGAACAGCGACAAAGUCGCCAAGCAAGAUGAAUUAAGAAACAAGGCUGCCCCUGGUAUCUCUUACUUUACACCUGAGCAAGAGCCCCCUGCUGGAACUGCAUUGGGCAUGCUCGAUGGCAGUUCCAAGAUCCCCAAGCUCUUCCAGCCCCUUAAGCUUCGCGGUCUCAAGAUCCAGAACCGCCUCGCCCUUUCUCCUCUCUGCCAGUAUUCGGCCGAAGACGGGCACCACACCAAUUGGCAUCUUACACACUUGGGUGGCAUCAUCCAGCGUGGCCCAGGGCUCACAUUUGUAGAGGCAACCGCUGUCGUUCCAGAGGGCCGUAUCACGCCCGAGGACAGUGGUCUAUGGAAGGAUUCGCAAAUGGAGCCUCUCCGCAAAAUUGUCGAGUUUGCGCACUCCCAGGGCCAGAAAAUCGGUAUCCAACUCGGUCAUGCGGGACGCAAGGCUAGCACAGUGGCGCCAUGGCUGAGCAAGGGUGACAUUGCUACCAAGGAGAUGAACGGCUGGCCGGAUAAUGUCUAUGGGCCAUCAGCCAUCGCAUUCAACGACAAGCACUGCACCCCCAAGGAGAUGACCAAACAGGAUAUCGAAACAUUCAAGCAGGCUUUCGUUGACGCUGUCAAGCGCGCGAUCAAGAUUGGCUUCGAUACCAUUGAGAUUCACAAUGCGCACGGCUACCUGUUGCACUCUUUCCUUUCUCCCGCAUCCAACCAGCGUACCGACGAAUACGGUGGCUCGUUCGAGAACCGCACCCGCCUGACCCUUGAGCUAGUAGACCUCACUCGCAAGACCAUCCCGGAGAGCAUGCCGCUUGUGCUCCGCAUCAGCGCGACCGAUUGGCUUGACGAAGCCGGUAUCGAAGGCUGGACUGUUGACCAGACCGUCCGCCUUGCCGAGAUACUAGCCGAAAGGGGUGUUGACCUGCUCGACGUCUCAUCUGGUGGGCUCCACGAGAAGCAGCACAUCCAUGGUGGACCCGGAUACCAAGAGCCAUUCGCCAAGGCUGUUAAAGACAAGGUUGGCGACAAGAUGGCUGUUGGAACCGUUGGUAGCAUCACCGACGGCAAGCAGGCAAACGGCUACCUUGAGAAUGACAACCUCGACAUUGCAUUCAUCGGCCGCAUGUUCCAAAAGAAUCCUGGCUUCGUGUGGCAGUGCGCAGACGAUCUUGGUGUAGAGAUGCGCUGGGCGAACCAGAUCCGAUGGGGCUUUGGCGGACGUGGCAAGAAGUAAGUUUCUUGCUUCUUGUGUACAACAUUUAGAAUUGUCGUGAGCGAUAUGGUCAUUUUUUUUUCGUUUUAAUAUAGUAGACUCUGGAUUUAGAUAUGGACAUACUACUCAAUAGAAGUACAAUGAACCUAAUGCACAUUUCUCCAGGGACCAAGUCAUCGAUAAGAAGGCAUUUGCCAACGAAGGUGCAUUUGAAAUGAACAAGAAAGGCUGAUGAGUCCAACUCCAGUACUGAAGCAGUGAUAAUUGACUGUUUGUUGACAAUUUGUUCGCUCACGUGAAGAAACCAGACUCAGUGUCCACAUGAAGUUAC